CUCCUGAUAGCUCGGGACCGCCGGACGGAGUGAGUGAGGGCAAACUGGACGAAGGGAUGAGCAAGCUGAUGAUUGUAGAGAGCGAGAGGUGUGACCUACAGCAGCGACUGACGCUGGUACAGACACGGAUAGCACAGUUUGAACAGUCAGAGGAGAGGUUUAAACAGCAAGAAGCGGAACUACAGGAGCAGAAAGCAGCCAGCGAGCAGAAACUGCGAACACUCAACAGGCAGCUGGAGCAGAUGACGGAGGACCAGGCCUCCCUUAAGGCACAGGUGACGUCACUCCUGGCGGAAUUGCAGGAAAGCCAGUUGAGUCUCGAGGUGAAGACCAAGUCCUGCUCGGAGCUGGAGCUGAAAUACUGCACUGUGGAGGAGAAGCUGCGAUCCCUGGAACAGGACACAGAGAUCCAGAAGAAGCAGCACAGUGUCACGGUUGAUCAGCUGCGAAUUGCAGUGCACAACUACGAGUCUGCACUGAAAAAGGAGCGGCUCAACGCAUCUGAGGACAAGCGGAAGCUGGCGCAGUUACAGGCCGCCUACCACCAGCUCUUUGUGGAUUAUGAUGUCAUGGCGAAGAACCUGGACGAACGGAAGAGCAGGGGACAGGUGGAAGAGGUGAUGCAGCAGCUGAGGGAAGCCGAGGAAGCCCUGGUGAUGAAGCAGGAGCUGAUCGACAAACUGAAGGAAGACGCGGAACAGCUGAAAUCCGAACUCGAGACCAUCCCCGUCCUGAAAGCCCAGGCCGAUGUUUUUAAGGCUGAUUUCCUUGCUGAACGUAAGGCGCGGGAGAAGCUCCACGAGCAGAAGGAGAUGCAGCAGGAGCAGCUGAUCGCUCUGCAGGUGGAAUAUGAGAAGAUACGGGGUGACUACGAGGAGGCAACACGCACGCACAUCGAGGACUUGCAGCGCAGACACAACGACAGUCUCCGAGCGCAGAUCGCCGGAACGGGCAUAUACUUCCCAAGCGGGAACACCAUCCCCUUCAACUCCCCUGCAGAGCCUCCACGCCGACACACCAUCCCGGACGAGCAGCCCAACUUCCAGUGCCCCAAGUGCCAGUACUUGGCUCCAGACAUGGACACGCUGCAGAUUCACGUGAUGGACUGCAUCCAGUGAGAGGCCGGAGACUCUCCCCUGGCGUUUCGGGGUGGGGAAGGGGUGUGUGUGCGCAAGACACCCCUCACCACCCCCCCCACACGAGAUUCACGGCUUCAAUGAAAAGACGACAUUAUUAAAGUACAAAUGGACUACAA